AUGUCUUACUUCAAGAAGACAACGGCCAACACCGCCGUCCCCAGCCAGGGCAACACCGCCAAUGACACUGCCGUGCCUGCUGAUGCCGCCGACACCAUCGCGGCGGUGCGCUGGUCCCCCGUCGCCAACCACCUCGCUGCCGCCUCUUGGGACGGCAAGGUGCGCAUCUACGACGUGACCGGCAGCAGCGCCGCCAAGAACUCGACUGACCGCUCCGCCCGCGGUCUCGCGCAGAUCACGGCCGAGGGCCCUCUGUUCGCGUGCGACUGGUACAAGGAUGGAUCUAUCGUCGCCGCAGUCGGCGCAGACAAGAAGGUGCACCUCCUCGAUGCUGGAUCGGGCCAGACGGCCUCGUUCGCCGCGCACGACGCGCCCAUCCGCAGCGCGCGCUUCGUCGACGUCCGGGGCUCCUCCUCGCCCGUCCUGGCCACGGGCUCCUGGGACCGCACCCUGCGCUACUGGGACCUGCGCGCCGACCCGGCCUCGGGCCCCCUGGCCGCCGUCCCCUGCGGCGAGCGCGUCUACGCGAUGGACGCCGCCAAGGACCUGCUCGUGGUCGCCACGGCCGACCGCGCGGUCCACCUCGUCGACCUCGCGGCGGACCCGACGCGGCCCCUGCGCUCGCGCGAGUCGGCGCUCGCGCACCAGACGCGCGUCGUCGCCGCUUUCCCCAACGGCAAGGGCUGGGGCACGGCCAGCAUCGAGGGCAGGGCUGCCAUCAACACCGUUGACGAGAAGCUCGACAAGGAUGGCUCCGACUCGUUCACUUUCCGGUGCCACCGGAGCGCCGUCGUCAAGGGCCAGGUCAAGGUCUGGGCCGUCAACGACAUGAACUUCCACCCGACCAACGAGGACAUCUUCACCACCGCCGGCUCCGACGGCACCUUUUGCUUCUGGAACCGCAAGAUGCGCGUCCGCACCAAGACCUUUGACGUCAAGCCGAAGUCGUCGUCGUCCUCGUCGUCCUCGUCCGGCACCGACAGCAAGAAGUCCGAGGGCGGCGGUAACAACAACGACAACGACGACGUCGUCGCGGUGACGGCCACGGCCUUCAGCCAGGUUGACGGCGGCAAGACGUUCGCGUACGCCACGGGCUACGACUGGUCCCAGGGCUACGCGCGCAGCAGCGCGUCGCUGCCGACCAGGCUGAUGCUGCACCCCGUCUACGAAGGCGACCUGCAGAGGCAGCAGUGA